CCAGCCGCGUACUAAAUGGCUCCCAGAAAGACUCCACGCCAUUUAUGGGCCUCUUUGCCCGAGGGACCUCCAUUGGCUCCCGCUUCAAAGUUCGAGAGAUUCUCAAACCGCUAUCAGGUAGGCGGCGUUCUUAACUCCGGUUUACAAAUGGGAAAACUGAGGCAUACAGCAAUUAGAGGCUUGGUGGGUCUAAGAUUGGAGCCCAGGUGUGGCUGGCCUUGGAACCCAGACCUUAUCCACUGGCUGUGCUGCCUCCCCACCCCGCGGGCGGUCACGCCACCUUGUACCAGGCCUGCGCUGGGCCGCUUCCAGCCCUGGGCCGCGGGGGGAGGGGUGACCUCCCGGGGCUGGGCCCCGGCCAGCCCCGCCCCCUCCGGCCCCCCGCAGCGGCCCAGCUGCAGCGGGCGGGGGCGGAGAGUGGCGGGGGAACCCUGCCCGGGGGGCUGCUGGGAACAGCGAGGUCGAGGGGACAAGGCGGGACACUCCAUCCCCCGCCCCAGACGCACGCGCGCUCACACACCUGCGGUCCAGGUGCGAUCGCUCUCCUCGCAGGCCCCCGACCGCCGCCCGAGCUUUGAGCGACGGCAGGGGGCGGGGCGGGGCCGUAGGGGGCGGGGCUCUCCCGCGGGGGCGGGGCUCUCUCCCAGGGCCCGGCAGCCGGGCGGCGGCGCGCGGAGGACGUACGGGCGGCGGGACGCAGGGACGGCGGCGGCUGGAGCGCGCGAGGUUGAAAGAGAGACGUGUGUUCGAAGUGCAGAGAGAGAGGGAGAAAGAAGUGGAGAGAGACGCAGAGACGGAGAGGAGGAGAGACACAGAGAGACAUGGAGAGAGACUAAGCAAGGGUUGCACUGGGUGAGAGGCAGGAAGAGCUCAGCUGUCCCUGGAGUCCCAGUCCCGCCUUCAUGCCCGGCAGGUGCCCCACCUGGCCCAUCCUCCCAGGUGGUUGAGGAACACCUGCAGACCAGAGGAUGGCCCAGGUCCUGCAUGUACCAGCCCCCUUCCCAGGACCCAUUCUUUGGGCAGAUAAACCGUGACUGUCCGGGAACAUCAGCCUUCACCCCGCGAUGGGGGCAGCAGAGUUCAGAGGCAGUGGCAUUUCUCCCCACCCCAGGGACCCCUGGCCCAGCCUCCCCGCCUGCCUUCCCUGCCAAGGAGUCUGACCCACCCUACUCCGUGGAGACGCCCUACGGCUACCGCCUUGACCUGGACUUCCUCAAGUAUGUGGACGACAUCGAGAAGGGCCACACACUACGGCGCGUGGCCGUGCAGCGGCGGCCCCGUCUGGGCUCCCUGCCGCAUGGCCCUGGCUCCUGGUGGACGUCCACCGAGUCCCUGUGCUCCAAUGCCAGCGGGGACAGCCGCCACUCAGCCUACUCCUAUUGCGGCCGUGGGUUCUACCCACAGUACGGUGCCCUGGAGGCCCGCGCCGGCUUCAACCCGCGCGUGGAGCGCACACUGCUGGACGCCCGUCGCCGGCUGGAGGACCAGGCAUCCGCCCCCACCAGCCUGGGCUCCCUGACCCCCAGCGCAGCAGGUUCAACCAGCUCGUUGGUGGGCGUGGGGCUGCCACCCAAUACGCCACGGGGCUCGGGACUGUCCACACCAGUGCCACCCAGCGCCGGGCACCUGGCCCACGUGCGGGAGCAGAUGGCAGGUGCUUUGCGAAAGCUGCGGCAGCUGGAGGAGCAAGUGAAGCUGAUCCCCAUGCUCCAGGUGAAGCUGUCGGUGCUGCAGGAGGAGAAACGACAGCUCACGGUGCAGCUCAAGAGCCAGAAAUUCCUGGGCCAUCCCGCAGGGGCCCGGAGCCGAGGCGAGCUCUGCCUGGACCUCCCCGAGCCCCCUGAGGGCCUGGCGGCGCUCGGGACCCGGAGCGUGGGCACCUGGGUCCGUGAGCGGGACUUGGGCAUGCCCGAUGGGGAGGCGGCUCUGGCUGCCAAGGUUGCCGUGCUGGAGACCCAGCUCAAGAAGGCGCUCCAGGAGCUGCAGGCAGCUCAGGCCCAGCAGGCUGACGCCCAGCCCCAGGCCUGGCCACCGCCGGACAGCCCCGUCCGCGCGGACACUGUUCGGGUGGUGGAGGGCCCACGGGAGGUGGAGGUGGUGGCCAGCACCACGGCUGGGGCCCCUGCCCAGAGGGCCCAGAGUCUGGAGCCCUACGGGGCAGGGCUACGGGCCCUGGCAACACCUGGAGGGGCUGAGAGUCCUCCCGUGUUCCGCACCCAUGAGGUGGUGGAGACCGUGUUCCCAGCACCCACUGUGUCUACUGGCAGCACCCACCUGGUGAAGAAGAUCAGCAUCACGGAGCGAAGCUGCGAUGGGGCAGCAGGUCCCCCACAGGCUCCUGCAGAGUCGUCCUUGUCACCCCGAAGGUCUGCAGAGGCCUGCAUGGCCCAGCCUGAGAAGAAUGCAGGUGGGGUGCCCACCCAAGACACCACCAGCAGGGAGUCCACCAGGCAGGCAGCCUCGUGUGAGGCAGAAGAGGCCAGGGGUGCAGGUGGGCCCCAGGUGGGCACGCGGUCCAUCAUGAGGCGCAAAGAGGAGCCCGCCGACCCCAUGGCCAGUUGGAGGAGCCCCCAGUUUGUGGGGGUCAAUGGCGGGUAUGAGUCCUCCUCCGAGGACUCCAGCACAGCAGAGAACUUCUCCGACAACGAGAGCACAGAGAAUGAGGCCCCAGAGCCGGAGCAGAGGGUUCCAAGUGUGGCCGAAGCCCCCCAGCUCAGGCCCUCGGGGAUGGCGGCCGCCAAGACCAGUGGAGAGGAGUGCCAGCUGUCUCAGGAGUCUCCGCGGGUGCCCGCAGCUGAGGGGGCGUCAGGAUCAAGUUCGGAGGAAGAGAUCCGGAUGGAGCUCAGCCCCGACCUCAUCUCAGCCUGCCUGGCCCUGGAAAAGUACCUGGACAACUCGAAUGCCCUCACGGAGCGGGAGCUGAAGGCGGCCUACACCACGGUGCUGCAGGAGUGGCUGCGCCUGGCCUGCCACAGCGACGCCCACCCCGAGCUCGUGCGGCGCCACCUGGUCACCUUCCGGGCCAUGUCCAUGCGGCUGCUGGACUACGUGGUGAACAUCGCUGACAGCAACGGCAACACGGCGCUGCACUACUCCGUGUCUCACGCCAACUUCCCCGUGGUGCGGCAGCUGCUCGGCAGCGGUGUCUGUCGGGUGGACAAGCAGAACCGCGCCGGCUACAGCCCCAUCAUGCUCACCGCUCUGGCUACUUUGAAGACCCAGGACGACAUUGAGACUGUCCUGCAGCUCUUCCGCCUUGGAAGCGUCAACGCCAAAGCCAGCCAGGCGGGGCAGACAGCCCUGAUGCUGGCAGUCAGCCACGGGCGGGUAGACGUGGUCAAAGCCCUGCUGGCCUGCGAGGCGGAUGUCAACGUGCAGGAUGACGACGGCUCCACUGCCCUCAUGUGCGCCUGCGAGCAUGGCCACAAGGAGAUCACGGGGCUGCUGCUGGCCGUGCCCAGCUGUGACAUCUCCCUCACCGACCGCGAUGGGAGCACGGCUUUGAUGGUGGCCUUGGACGCAGGGCAGAGUGAAAUCGCGUCCAUGCUGUACUCCCGCAUGAACAUCAAGUGCUCGUUUGCGCCCAUGUCAGAUGAUGACAGUCCCACAUCAUCCUCCGCAGAAGAGUAGCCGCCAGAGGGACCGACCCGUGCCUGAGCAAGCGAGCCGGCCCUCCUGCCUGGGCCCUUGUCCCUUCUCUGCCCCCUCCCUGGCCAGCGCCCCCGCUGGACCCACCAAGGCCCAAGUCUCAAAGGCAAGGGGGCUUUUCCUCUUCUUCCCUGGGGAGCCACCGACAGCCACAAGACGACAGCUUCAGGAGGGUUUUUCUCAGUGCCCCAGUUCAAAGCAGCCGCAGUGCAGACCAGACCAGAGCCGAAUUCUUACAUAAAUUGGCGCCAGUGGCUGAUGCCGGGACGUGGGUUUAUGAAGAAUUCUGAGAACAAUCAACUGGCAAUUAUGGAUGGAGGAAGUUGAGAGGGAAAAAUCGUGUGUUUUUGAAUCAUGGGUCUGGGGAGGGUGGGGAAAACCUAUCCCUUGUUGCCAAAUUUUCGUUGAAAUCGUUCGUUGAAAAUGGCUAGAAUCGCAUAUUUUCACGUUCAUCCUGAAUGUCAUUAUGCCUGGGGCACGUCUGGGGUGGCUCACCCGCCCCCCUCACCUCCCCACAUGUAAUUGUCUGGUAUAGAAUAGAGUUUUGUCCACUACCCCCGCCCCCCGAGACGGCUUUCUUGGGGGGAUUUCCUUCUGGUGUCUUCACAGAACAGAUUCUGUCCUUGUCACCCGGGCUAGGAAGUUCAGUCCUCCAUUCUGCUUUGUCACUGCCAUUCCAGUGGGGCGCUCAGGACCCACCCAGCAGCCGGGCUGUGUGAGCUGUUCACAUGGAGAAAUUACCCAGGAGUCUGUCCCAUCCCUGCAUGGAGGGUCUGGCAAAUAUUAAUUUUCCUAGAAAAUCCUUCAGACCCGGAGAUGCAGGAAAUGAAUCCAGUUCCCAGCGCAGCUGCUCAGUCCCUGGGCCUAGAAUCCUGGUACCGGGGCCGUCCUUACCCUCCCCAGACUCCAGACCUCAGAGGAAAUCAAACAGGGCAUGUGCUUGUUGGCGAAACCCAGGUUGAGCUCCACAAACUCCAUGUGUGCACAAUUAAAAGUUGGCUGCCCCUGAGGGCUCCCAGUGCAAACUUAAAGCGAUAGCUUUGCCGAAAACCAAACAAGGGCCAGCUGGGGUUUUAUUUAUUUUUUUAACAACCUACAGGCGUCCCCGAGCUGCCUGCUGGAAAUAGGGCCCGCCAGACACACGCAGUUUCCUUCGUGGCCUGUGUUGUCCGCCAGAAUCUCAACAUACAUUUUCUCUCCUGUUUCUUUAUGAACACACACACAAAAAGGAUGGGUUCUGAGCCUCCAGAAGGGCCUGCGGCAGGGAAGGAAGGUCCCUAGCUAGUAGGUGUCCUCUGCCCUCUUACCCCAUUCUCAGCUCAGCCACCACAGCAGGAGAGAGCAGUUCCUGAGAGCUAUGUUCCUUCGGCAAAGCGAAGUGCUGGCUUCUCUCCUAGAAAAGUAGGUUUCUUGGCUUGACGGAGCGUGGCUUGCUUUGAUGUCGUUUGGAAGGAUGCACCUAAGACAAAAGAGUUUAGCUAGUCAAGAGAGAGAGAGGGAGUGAGUGUGUGUGUGUGUGUGUGUGUGUGUGUGUGUGAAUCGGAGAGAACAAAUCAAAUCUGAUGAGGCCCACCGCCGGUGUCUGAUGGAAAGCCGCAGCUGUGGGGAGCUUUGAGAAGCGGUGCAGGAGUUGUGCGCCUCUGUGUCCAGCCCCGGAGCCAGCGGGUGUGUUUAUUUUAAGCUCUGAGAAGCCGCUCAUUUACCACCCAGAUAAGUCCGUAUCUGUCCCUGCGUUCCCUUCCUCCUGGCCCCACUGGGCCUGGCGUGGUGGGCUACAGCGGGCCCGGCCUUCAUCCUUGUACUCUUCUCACGUGUAUUCAUGACCUUUAACUUCACUUUCCAACCACGGUACGUCCAUGAAGACAGUAUUACACUUAAAUGAAGUAUUCCUUUUUGUAAUCGUUUUUUUUAGAAAGUGAAGGAAUUUAAUAAAGCUGCCUUAUGAUAAUG